AUGAGCGAGGACGAGCAGGCUUGUAUCUUAACUUCUCUGCCUAAGUCCCCUCAGCAUCAGCUUGUGCAAGCAAGAAACAAUCUGAGGGUUAGCAUGAUGUCUGAAACUCGUGUUGCUAGGAAGCGAAUCAGGACGGUAGAGUAUGAGAACCAGAAUCUUCGCCUUGCUGUGGAAAUGGCCAAGCAGGAAGCCUUGUCUUUUCGUCAGGAUAAGAAGGAGUUGGAAUGCAACAUUGAUUCCUUGAAAGAUGAAAAUGCUCAACUUCGGGAAGAUGUGGAAGUUCAUCGAGAUCGGAUUAUUGAACUUCGUGCGAUGUUAGACAAAGCUAAGAAAACAGUCAUGGAUCGUUCGGAUGAGGUCAAGCUUCUACGAGAUCAAAAUGAUAGAUUUAUUGAGUGGCAAUCCGAUCAUCAUCCUUUACUAUUGCAUGCGGAAGAUGAUAGAGAGGAAUUGGAUCGUCUUAAGCGAGACUAUGCUCAACUUGAGAGAGAGCAUGAUAAGCACAUGUUAUCGUGUUCGGCUGGCGAUGUUGCCAUAACUCCUGCGGAGGCGCAAAUUAGUGCUUUAAAUAAUCAAAAGUCCCAAGUGGAACAGACCUUAGCUUCUGCUAGUAAGCGCAAUGCAGAGUUGGAGAAGCAAUUGGAGGAAGUGAAGGCAGCAAGGCAAGGUCUUGACGAAGAGUUCAACGAAUUGGUGAAUAGUCACGAGGAGGAGUUGGAGGCUGAACGUGCUGAUAAGAAUCAAAAGUUAAGCGACCUUCGUGCCGAGUACAAGGUUCUGAUGACACAGUCUUGCAAGGCCGCCGUCCUUCGUGAACGUCAAAGGGUCGCUGCUGCUGCUGCUGCCAAUGUGGUGGUUCCUCCUCAACCCGUCGAGCGCGAGCCCGAGCAAGUUGCUCCCGAUGCUGUCGAGGGAGAGGAUUAG